AUAGUUAUCCUAAUCGGGACAUGUAACAUGUAUAACAUAAUAAUUAUUAUUUUGUAUCAGAUUGGACUAUAUGCAGGAAAACCAUCUCCCAGAUAUCCCCAAUCAUAAAUCCAUAGUUUUAUACCCGAAGAUAAUAUUAUAAUGUUAAUGUUAUUACUUUUUUAUUUGAGUAUUUGAUAUAUUGAAGGUUGAGUGAAGAAUAGAAUUAAAAUUAAACAAUAAUUAUGACUGAUAAUACUAAUAAUAAAAUAAAUGGGGUUAAUGGUGGGGUAAUAUCGGAUAGAAUAGCUGUUAUUAAACUUAAGAGAAUUCAAGAAUUAAAUAAUCGAUUGAAAGAUACUUUAAGAAGAGAAAGAAUACCUGCUUCAAAUGCAUGUUUGUUGUUAAUAAAUUAUAUUCAAGAAACUCCAGACUAUUUAAUUCCUUAUAUUUUCAAGUUACCACUAGAACAGAAUAAGUAUGCCCGUUAUCAAACAUUAAAGAAUUUAAAAGCUAAUAGUAAGAAUACAAGUAAUGGAGGUGGAGCUGGUUGUUGUAUUAUAAUGUAAUAAAGUUAAUGAAAUAGAUCUACAAGAUUGGAAGUAAAUGUUACCAUUUCAAAAGUAUACAUUACCAUUUCAAAAGUAUACAUUACCAUUUCAAAAGUAUACAUAUAGAAAUAUUUAACGAGAAUAUACGAAUGCCAAUAAUAAAAUAACAAGAUUAUAAUCAUAAUCAUAAUAUAUAAUAAUAGUAAUAAUAAUAAUAAUAAUAAAAUACCAAUAAGUAGG